GAGCGAGCGCGAGCAGGGAGCCGGGCAGGCGCGGGCAGCGGCGGCGGCCAGGCUGUGCGGGGUGAGCGGCGGCGGCGGCGCAGGCAGCGCGGGCCGAGAGGUUCCUGGGCCGGACCGCAGCUGGGCGCCAGCGGGAGCCAGCAGAGUCUGCAGCCGCGCCAGCCGCCCGCGCCCCGGCGCGCUCAGGCUCGGCCAUGGAGCUGCCAGCUGUUGGCGAGCACGUCUUCGCGGUGGAGAGCAUCGAGAAGAAGCGGAUCCGUAAGGGCAGAGUGGAGUAUCUGGUCAAAUGGAGAGGCUGGUCCCCCAAAUAUAACACGUGGGAACCAGAGGAGAACAUCCUGGAUCCCCGGCUGCUGAUCGCCUUCCAGAACAGGGAACGGCAGGAGCAACUGAUGGGAUAUCGGAAGAGAGGGCCGAAGCCCAAGCCGCUGGUGGUGCAGGUACCUACCUUUGCCCGUCGCUCCAAUGUCCUGACUGGGCUCCAAGACUCCUCCGCUGACAACCGUGCCAAGCUGGAGCUAGGCACGCAGGGAAAGGGCCAGGGGCACCAGUAUGAGCUUAACAGCAAGAAGCACCACCAGUACCAGCCGCACAGCAAGGAGCGGUCGGGCAAGCCCCCACCGCCAGGCAAGAGCGGCAAGUAUUACUACCAGCUGAACAGCAAAAAACACCACCCCUACCAGCCGGACCCCAAGAUGUACGACCUGCAGUACCAGGGCGUCCACAAGGAGGCACCCAGCCCCACCUGCCCGGACCUGGGUGCCAAGAGCCACCCUCCCGACAAGUGGGCCCACGGCGCAGCGGCCAAGGGCUACCUGGGGGCAGUGAAGCCCCUGGCUGGAGGCGCGGGAGCUCCAGGCAAGGGCUCGGAGAAGGGCCCUCCCAACGGGAUGACGCCAGCCCCCAAGGAUGCAGUGACGGGCAAUGGAAUUGGGGGUAAGAUGAAGAUCGUCAAGAACAAGAACAAGAACGGGCGUAUUGUGAUCGUGAUGAGCAAGUACAUGGAAAAUGGUAUGCAGGCGGUGAAGAUCAAGUCGGGCGAGGCGGCCGAGGGCGAGGCGCGCUCCCCCAGCCACAAGAAACGCGCCGCCGAGGAGCGCCACCCCCCAGCUGACAGGACUUUUAAAAAAGCGCCCGGCACGGUGGAGGAGAAGAAGGCGGAAACCCCAUGCAAGAGGAGGGAGGAGGAGGCGCCGGGGCCCGGGGACCCGCAGCCCCAGGACGCCGGCUCUCGAAAGCUCUCCCCGACCAAGGAGGCCUUCAGCGAGCAGCCCCUGCAACUCACCACCAAGCCGGACCUGCUGGCCUGGGACCCGGCCCGGAGCUCACACCCCCACCACCACCACCACCACCAUCACCACCACCACACCGUUGGCCUCAACCUCUCCCACGCGCGCAAGCGCUGCCUCUCCGAGACGCACGGCGAACGCGAGCCCUGCAAGAAGCGGCUGACAGCGCGCAGCAUCAGCACGCCCACCUGCAUAGGGGGCAGUCCAGUUGCAGAGCGUCCGGCCGACGCGCCACCUGCCACCGCGCUCCCGCAGCCAGAGGUCAUCCUGCUGGACUCGGACCUGGAUGAACCUAUAGACUUGCGCUGCGUCAAGACGCGCGGCGACACCGGAGAACCGCCCAGCUCCCUCCAGGUGAAGCCGGAGGCAGCCGCGGUGGUAACACCGGCGACAGCCGCCGAGAAGCCUCCGGCUGAGGCCCAGGACGAGCCCACAGAGCCACUGGGCGAGUUCAAGCCCUUCUUUGGGAAUAUAAUUAUCACCGACGUCACGGCGAACUGCCUCACCGUCACGUUCAAGGAGUACGUGACGGUGUAGCCGGCGGAUGACAGAGAGGGCAGCGCCUUCCGUGCGGGCUUAGCGCCUGCGGCCUCAGAAACCCUCCUCUCGGCACUGGACCCAGGGGAGGACGCCCAAGCCGUGGUGUCCUCGGAUCCCCGCGGAGGCGCCCGCCCCGUACUGUCUCCUUCCACGCGGUGCCUGCGGUCUCGCCGCCGCCUGCCCCUUCCCCACAGGAGACCACAGCCUCCCCCUCCCCGUGGAACUGACCGGGCAGCUCCGCGGCCGUCUCAGAGUUAUAGUAUUAUAUUUUAACCGUGCUAACUUGUCAAGUGCUGACUCUACUCCCGUUUGUACGUGGUGUUAUUAUUGAAAUGUAUUGUUUGAGCUCAAAAGGCCCGACCACUCCCACUUCGGGCUGAUAUAUAUAUAUACAUAUAUAUAUAUAUAUUUAUUUGUAGGUAUUUAUAUAUUGAAAUAUAAAAACCUAGAUUUAUGGAGUUUCCUCUAGAUCAUGUUAUUCUCUAUCAAACUCUUUUCUG